AUGCCCAAAGAAUGGAAUGUGUGCUCAUUGACUAUUCUACUGCUGGUAACAAUUCUAGUUACAACGAUUUCGAGUUAUUUCAAGAUUAGUAAUAUUGAAAACUACCUGACUACUCCUACUGCUACCGACACCUCAAAUGUCAUCGACCUGUACCAGUCGGAAACUGUCAAAGAACUACGGAAGAAGGCACUUAUAUCGGCUGAGAAUGAUAGAAAAGUACUAUAUAAUGCAUCUCUGAAAACCAAUGGUCAGGAUUUCUACAGAAAAGUGAAAAUGGAAGCAUAUUGUGAUCAGAAAGAGAGGAUUGGAGAGAAGGGAGACGGAGGGAAAUAUGUUUGUAAUCCGAAGAAGGUCAAGAAGGAUUGCACACUGAUGUCUUUGGGUCUCAAUAAUCAAAUUGGUUACGAUAAGCAUAUUUUUGAAGUCACCGGGGGACAAUGUAGGAUUCUUGGGGCAGAUGUUGACCCCCAAAACCAAAAAACUCAAGAUUCCUAUGCAAAAAUAAAUGGUGAACUGUUUGCUGGAAAGAUUCCAACUGACCUACCAAUCCCCCGAAUGCUUGAAAAAUCUGGAAGAAAAGAAGUGGAAUUGCUCAAAAUUGACAUCGAAAAAGGAGAGUUUACAGCUCUGGAGCCUUCGAUUAGGGAUUAUUUUGUGUGUCAGAAAUACUUCGAAUUCAUCAUGGUAGAUCAAGCGUCUAUAAUAUUGUUGAGUUUAUCGGUUUCAACUAGUUUACCUGAGCUGAUGCUGGAGUUCUCUAUGUUGCUUCUUUAUUUACCCAAUUUUCCAGAAAACUACCUCACUACUCCUACUGCUACCGAUACCUCCGAUGUCAUUGACCUCUACCAGUCGGAAACUGUCAAAGAAUUACGGAAGAAGGCACUCAUAUCGGCUGAAAAUGAUAGAAGAGUACUAUUCAAUGCAUCUCUGAAAACCAAUGGCCAGGAUUUCUACAGAAAAGUGAAAAUGGAAGCAUAUUGUGGUCAGAAAGAGCGGAUUGGAGAGAAGGGGGACGGAGGGAAGUAUGUUUGUAAUCCGAAGAAGAUCAAGAAGGAUUGCACAUUGAUGUCUUUGGGUCUCAAUAAUCAAAUUGGUUACGAUAAGCAUAUUUUUGAAGUCACCGGGGGACAGUGCAGAAUUCUUGGGGCUGAUGUUGAUCCCCAAAACCAAAAAACUCAAGACUCCUACGCAAAAAUAAAUGGUGAACUGUUUGCGGGAAAGAUUCCAACUGACCUACCAAUCCCCCGAAUGCUAGAAGAAUCUGGAAGAAAAGAAGUGGAAUUGCUGAAAAUUGAUAUCGAAAAAGGAGAGUUUACUGCUCUGGAGCCUUUGAUUAGGGAUUAUUUUGUGUGUCAGAAAUACUUCGAAUUCAUCAUGGUAGAUCAAGCGUCUAUAAUAUUGUUGAGUUUAUCGGUUUCAACUAGUUUACCUGAGCUGAUGCUGGAGUUCUCUAUGUUGCUUCUUUAUUUACCCAAUUUUCCAGAAAACUACCUCACUACUCCUACUGCUACCGAUACCUCCGAUGUCAUUGACCUCUACCAGUCGGAAACUGUCAAAGAAUUACGGAAGAAGGCACUCAUAUCGGCUGAAAAUGAUAGAAGAGUACUAUUCAAUGCAUCUCUGAAAACCAAUGGCCAGGAUUUCUACAGAAAAGUGAAAAUGGAAGCAUAUUGUGGUCAGAAAGAGCGGAUUGGAGAGAAGGGGGACGGAGGGAAGUAUGUUUGUAAUCCGAAGAAGAUCAAGAAGGAUUGCACAUUGAUGUCUUUGGGUCUCAAUAAUCAAAUUGGUUACGAUAAGCAUAUUUUUGAAGUCACCGGGGGACAGUGCAGAAUUCUUGGGGCUGAUGUUGAUCCCCAAAACCAAAAAACUCAAGACUCCUACGCAAAAAUAAAUGGUGAACUGUUUGCGGGAAAGAUUCCAACUGACCUACCAAUCCCCCGAAUGCUAGAAGAAUCUGGAAGAAAAGAAGUGGAAUUGCUGAAAAUUGAUAUCGAAAAAGGAGAGUUUACUGCUCUGGAGCCUUUGAUUAGGGAUUAUUUUGUGUGUCAGAACUGCAUUGUUUAUGUGAUACCAGUAGUUUAA